GAACUGAAAUAGUGAUGGCUAUAAACAGCAUCUAGCUAACACCUAUAUCGACUAAUAUACUUAAAGAAAUCCGACGGGAGUAAAAAAAAUUGCAUGCAUUUAAUACGUCGUUGACGGACAAUCUCCGUAUUAUUUUAGUAUUUGCUCACGAAGGAAUGACUACUUUGAUAUUUGGAAUUGGCAUAGGAUUAUUUAUCAUUCUCAGCCUGUGGAUAUUAGCCCUGUUGAUAUUUUUGAUAUCUUUGCGUAUCGAGAGAAAAGUUGGUGUGAUUGCUAUACUGCUGGUGAGCGUGCUCACGAUUAUUUUGAUUAGUGUACCGCGCGCAUCAGAGAAGCCUGUCACUACGAACAGUAAGGCAUAUGAUCGACUUUUCAUCUGGCGUGUAAUACUUCUUAUUUUAUUACUCAUUUCAUCUAUAAUUGGCCUUACGGGAUAUAUCAAGUUUGGGUUGGUGGAAUCUAUUAGAUCAGUCAGGAUAUCUAGCUGGGUUUACUAGAUUUUCUCUGGUUCUUUUAUUAAACAGUACAUAUGAGGUUCAAUGUUUACUGAUGUAAUUAAUUUAGAUGAAACAUCAGUCUCUUUUUACAUUGCUAUUGAUGUCCUGACUAUACUGCAAAUAAUAUUAAAAAAACAGCAGCAAUGUUGUGCAGUAUAAGAAAUUGUAUACCCUCUGUGGUAAGGCGUAUCUCAUUAUUUCGUCCAAAUAAUAAAAGAUACGAGAUAAAUAAUAAUAAUGAAUUUGUGAAUAAGGUGAUGAAUGGCACAGUGCCAGUUAUAGUCAAUUUUCAUGCAGAAUGGUGUGAUCCAUGUAGAAUAUUGACACCUAAAUUGAUAGAACUCAUAGAGCCUAUGGAAAAGUUAGAUUUAGCUAUCAUCAAUGUAGAAGAGAAUCCUGAAUUAGUAUACGUUUUUGAAGUAAAAGCUGUACCUGCAGUGAUAGCGAUCUCAAAUGGCCUAAUUGUAGAUAAAUUUAUUGGUUUAGUUAACAAUGAAAUGAUAGAGAAUCUAAUACAGAAGUUAACGCACGAAGGACCAAUAGAUACAGAAAGUGAGAACACAAAAGUGUAGUCAUCACAUACUCUAUGCUUCAGUAGUAUAUUUUCAUAUUGAUAGAAAAAAAGUAUUAUAACACCAGUUACUUCGUUAAAAUAAGAAUGAUUUGACGCCUUUUUUAUCUAUCAAUUUGUAGAGAAAAUAUGAUAUGACUUGAACUGCUUUGUCCAAACAAAAAAUCCUUUCUUUUCUCUUAAGGCCUUCCAUUUAUCUAAUCAUAGUAAGAUAAGCGUUGCUGGUCAACCUUCUCAAUAUAUUUAUAUUCUACAAUGAUCACUUACAAUAUAAUUGAAUAUAUGUGCUAAUAUAUGUGCUAAUCUUCAUAAAUCUGAUAAGUGUGUUAUGUGAUGUAAUGAAAGAUUUGUACUCUAUUUAGAAACUAUAAUGUAAAAUUUGUUCAUCAGCCUAUAUUAUUGAAUCGACCAAAACGAUUAGUACAAUUGUAAUUUUUCUUUAGGACUUUCAAAGAUGUAACAAUUUUACUACUAUAAGAUUUGUAAAAUUGUACAAAGUAGUUGUGAUAUACAUCUUUUUAGACAUUUUUUAUUAUUUUUAAUGCUGCUAUCUUUACUUGAUAUUUAUAUAGUAUAUGUAUAACUUUAUUGAAUCACUUUACGAAUAAGUUCGGUAAUGAACUAUGUGCAAAGAUAAUAAAUUUUGCGAAUUGAUUCGAAUAUAAUUGCGUUCGUACAUACGUAUGUGGCGAUAUAUAUUCUUGAAAUAUAUUUUAUAUAUACAUAUGCAUAUUUCAUUGAUGUUAAUUAAUUUUAUUUAAAAGAUUUAUAAUAAAAUGUGCACGAUAUCCUUAAUUUGCGCAAUGUUAAAUUGUACCGAGUGCAUAUAAUAAUUUCAGUCAGUUAUAACAGAGAGACUAGAGAGAAUAUAAUUAUUUUAGUAUUAGAUUUACUCGACGUAAACCGUGUAUCUUCUGUAGCGACACAAGAGGCGAGAUAAAACUAAUUAUCUAAUCAGGUUUCACAGUUCUUCGUUUAUUCUUAAAUAAUCGUAAAACAAUUGUGUACAAUCAGUGUAUGAAAGUACUGUCCAUUAAAGAGAUAAUAGUAUAGGCCAGAGA